GAGGAUCAAAUCCCGUGCAAAUGGGGGCCCUAUCUUUUCUCGAAAUCAAAUCCUAACCACUUCUCUCUCUCUCUGUCUCUCUCUCUCUCUACACAGUGAGUGUAGUAGCAGUAGAGCAAGCAACAAUGGUGUUCAGUUUGACCAUGGCGACACCCUCUGUAGAUUUUAGCUGUUUCAGCGCUUCAAAUGAGACCCUCCUCUCAUCUUCUCCCUUCAAAACUCUCAAACUCCCUCUUUUCUGGCCAUGGCAGAAGGUGAAAAUGGGCCCACUGACUGUAUCCCCAAUGGGGUUUGGGACGUGGGCAUGGGGAAACCAGCUUCUGUGGGGAUACCAAGAAGCAAUGGACAGUGAGCUUCAACGGACCUUCAAUCUAGCCGUUGAGAAUGGAAUCAACCUAUUUGAUACGGCUGAUUCUUACGGGACUGGCCGGUUGAAUGGCCAAAGUGAAAAGCUUCUUGGCAAGUUCAUCCGUGAAUUUCAAGGACAAAAACAGGUAAAGGAUAAAAUUUUGAUUGCUACCAAGUUUGCAGCAUACCCAUGGCGCCUGACACCUGGACAGUUUGUGAAUGCUUGCAAGUCUUCUCUACAGAGGAUGGAAAUUGAGCAAAUAGGAAUAGGACAGCUGCACUGGUCGACAGCAAACUAUGCUCCUCUGCAGGAAUUAGCUCUCUGGGAUGGUUUAGUGGCAAUGUAUGACAAGGGCUUAGUUCAAGCAGUUGGGGUGAGCAAUUAUGGACCAAAACAGCUUGUGAAGAUAUAUGAUUACCUUAAAGCAAGGGGGGUUCCUUUAUGCUCAGCUCAGGUACAAUUUUCAUUGCUGAGUAUGGGCGAAGAUCAGAUGGAGAUCAAAAAUAUAUGUGAUUCUUUGGGUGUCCGCUUGAUUUCUUAUAGCCCUCUGGGGCUUGGAAUGCUUACUGGAAAAUAUUCACCUUCUAAUCUUCCACGAGGACCUCGGGGCCUACUCUUCAGGCAAAUUAUUCCAGGGCUGGAUCCUUUAUUGAAUUCACUAAAAAAAAUUGCACAAAGAAGAAAGAAAACUAUGCCACAGGUUGCCAUAAACUGGUGCAUCUGCAAGGGUACCAUUCCAAUACCUGGAGUUAGGACGGUAAAACAAGCGGAGGAAAAUUUGGGUGCUCUUGGUUGGCGUCUCAGUUCAGACGAGUUGCUUCAGUUAGAAUAUGCAGCACUUGAGUCUCCCCGCAAGAUGAUCCAAAACAUUUUUCAAACAAGAUGAAGUUUGGAAAAAUGAGUCGUGGCGACGUGGGUUUGUGCAGGUGUGUGUUAUUCACAAUCACAAAAGGUUGUCAAUCAGGGAUAACCCACCACAUUGUGAAAAUUUGAGAGCAUGAUAUGAAGUUGUUUUAUGACAGAAACAGAAAAGUACAUGCUAAAUUUAUUAUUGUUUGUUGAAGAAAAGAGAAUGGCAUGAAUCUAUCAGAUUGUUUUCUUGUGCAUGUUAAUAUAUACAUUUUGGAAAGAAAGAAAAAAGAAAAAAAAAGAAGUUAAAAAGUGAAGUGAGAAAGAUUAAAGAUUGACUCAAUGGAUGAGACUACAUUUUAGUGAUUAUGAUAUAUAGAUUUAAGUCACACAAUUGCGUGAUGUAAUUUUU